AUGGGUCGCAAACCAAACGAACCUGAAGCCCCCCGUUUCACCUCUCUCAUUCUCCUUUCCUGGGGCUUGAUCUCCUGCGCUGUAGUCUACACAUUCCUCUCUUUUAUCACCAAAUCAAAUGACGCCUCUUUGAAUGCGGACCUCGAGUCUUUAACGUCUGUGAAAGGUAGUGAAUUUGGUGAGUGUUGUCAAGGGAUUGAGAAUUUGGAGCUUUGGGGCAGUGCUGUGAAGUGGGGGUCUGAGUUUAAGUUUAAUAGUUCUAAAGAAUGUUGUGAGGCUUGUAAGGCCAUGUGCACCGGCAAUGAUGGCCCUUGCUUGUGUGAUACUUGGGUGUUUUGUGGGAACAAGGAUGUUUGUGGAUCAAGAUUCGGUGAGAGGGAUGACAAUUGA